AUGUCCGACCAGAACGACGCCAGCCAGGCUCAGGCCGCCGCCCGCCUCCAGCACAUCGGCAACCAGCUCGAUGGCGAGCAGGCCUUCUUCAACCCCAACCGCCUCAAGUUUGCUGCAGGCAUGCCCAGGGGCCGCGCAGUCAACAACACCCCCCUCAACCCCCUCACCUUCCUUCUCCGCUCAGCCUACAUCCGACCCCAGCGCAUCGCGAUGAAGCACCCGGCGAUCGGCGUCGAGUGGACCUACGCCGAGUGGGCGAUGCGGGUGUGUGCGCUCGCGUACGGUCUCAAGAAGCGCGGCAUCAAGCCUGGAGAGCGCGUCGCCGUCAUCUGCCCUAACGCGCCGAUGAUUCUCGACCUGAUCCAGGCGCUGCCCGCGAUCCACGGUGUGAUUGUGCCCAUGAAUAUCCGUCUCACCAAGCCCGAGGUCAACUACAUCCUCGAGCACUCUGGUUCGGUCAUGGUGGUUGUCGACCACGAGUUUGCGCACCUCGCCGACGACUUUAAGGGGCCCGUCAUCGUGUCCAAGGACUCGGGUGGCCGUGACCCAAGCUGCCAGUACGAGCAGCUCAUUGACGAGGGCCGGCACGAGGCCGACACGGUCGGUUGGCCCGGCCACACUCUUAUCGAGGACGAGGAGUCCGACUACGCCAUCUGCUACACGUCCGGCACGACCGGUCGCCCCAAGGGCGUCGUCACCACUUACCGCGGCACGUACCUCGCCGCGCUGUCGAACGCUGCCGAGUCGCGCAUUUUCACGGAAUCCAACUACCUCUGGAUUCUGCCUGCGUUCCACGCCAUCGGCUGGACCUUCCCCUUCGCCAUUACCGCCGCCUCGGCUGGCCAGGUCUGCCUGCGCUCGGUUGGAGACUACUCGCCAAUUUGGGAGAGCAUUACCCGCGACAAGAUCUCGCACUACUGCGGAGCACCGACCGUCCAGAUCGGUAUCUGCAACCACCCGCAGGCGCGCAAGGUCCCUCACGACAUCCGCACGAUGAUUGCCGGUGCGGCGCCCAGCGCGUUCCUCAUCAAGACGCUUGAGAAGCUCAACAUUAACGUCAUCCACGUUUACGGCCUGACUGAGACGUACGGCCCUAUCACCAACUGCAUCCAGCACCCCGAGUGGGCUGUCGACCUUGACGAGGACGAGUUCUACCGCCGCAAGGCGAUGCAGGGACACGCGUUUGUGGGCUCGGACGAGGCGCGCGUGAUCCGUCCGGACUCUGACCCUUCCAAGGGAUACGAGGACGUGACGCCCAACGGCAAGGAGGUGGGCGAGAUUGUGAUGCGCGGCAACAUUGUCAUGAAGGAGUACUGGAAGAACCCCGAGGCGACUGCCGAGGCCUUUGAGGGCGGCUGGUUCCACUCUGGUGACCUGGCUGUGCGCAUGCCGUACGGUAUGAUUUCUAUCCAGGACCGGUCCAAGGACAUUAUUAUCUCGGGCGGUGAGAACGCGUCAUCUCUGUCGAUCGAGAGCGCAAUCUACCAGCACCCCGAUGUGCUCGAGUGCGCUGUUGUCGCUCGCCCGCACGAAAAGUUUGGCGAACGCGCACACUCAUUCAUCAUCCUGCGUCCGCACGCUCAGGCCAAGUGGGCCGGCAAGGAGGACGAGUUCAACGUCGACCUCAAGGCGUUUGUCAAGCCGCUCCUUCCGGGCUUUGCGCGGCCCGAGUGGGUCGAGGUCGUCCCCGAGCUCCCCAAGACGUCGACGGGCAAGAUCCAGAAGCACGAGCUCCGCAAGCGCUUCAGCAGCAUCAUCCCGAGCCAGUAG